AUGGAUUGGAGUGGAACGGAAUGGAAUGUAAUGGAAGGGAUUGGAAAUGGAAUGGAUUGGAUUGGAACAGAAUGGAAUGGAACGGAAUGUGUUUUUUUUAGUUCUGCAAGUGACUAUUGUCUUUAUGCCAUUGCUACUUAUGAUGGAGUGAGAAGAUCUUCUCUACCUGAUAAUAUUUUUGAUACAGACAUCAAAUUAGCGAAAUUUCGCUCAGAAAAUCUGACAAAUCUAACCAUGCAAACUCUUUUAUAUGGUACUGGAAGAGAUUUGAGAUAUUUUGGUUCAUGUGAGUGUAACUAUAUGUUCAGCGAAAAAGCUCAAGAUACUCGUUUUGGGUUUGUAUAUUUUAAUAAUGUUCCUGUCUACGAUAAGAAAUCGGCAAGGAUAUUGUACAUGUGUUGUGCUCAGUGCGCAAUGUUGCGUGAAGUUUCUAAUUUAACGGAAUAUAUAUUUCUCAUCCUUCGGAGCGCCUAUUUUACACUUAUGGCAUCACAUAUAAAUCACCAUAUUGAAGUGAUACACGGUUCUGGAAUAUCAAUUUUACAAGACGUGUUCUCUAUUGAAAAAGCUACUGCACGCAUGUUUAGAAUUGAAUCAAAACAAUGGGGAUGUCCACAUAGUAAAGACAGCAGUCCGGUAGAAUCAUUUAUGGAUCGAGGCAUUUGCGCACAAAUUGUAUAUGUGAAGAGGAAAAAUGAGGGUUGGCACAUUAUGGAAAGAAAUGGCUUGGUUAAAGAUGGAUUCGCUCUUUUUGCUGAAAGUUUACGGAUUAUGUUUCCGCACGAUAAACACCUUGUGGAUAAAACUGUUGAUAUCGUUUAUAAUAAUGUUGGAAAAGAGCACUGUUUUUGUGUCAACUUGUAUCCAGUCGAUUCCUUCGCAAUAUACCGAUCUUUUUGUUUUUACCUCCACUCAUAUAAACAUUGUCAAGAUGUGCUUAUUUCUUACAAGAGAAAAUAUGAAGUUCAUUGUGCUCAUGGUGAGUCUGACAAUUACGGGAGUAACAAAUAUAUUGCAAUUUCAAGUAAUACGCAGUCAUUUAGAAGAUAUGGACGAUUUUGUUCCACGGAAAUAUUGUUGAAAGCUGCAAAUAAUGAAAACGAUGAAGUUACACAUACAAUAUAUUUGGGCGCUUAUGCAUCUUUGGCCAAAAUGAAAAUAAAUUUAAGCAAAGAUGAAUAUUUCUUUUUGAAAGUACUGGAGAUCAUUAAUGAAACUUAUUUCUUUGCAAAAUUUGGCGGGAAAAUUGUCGAGCCACAUGACAGUUCACUGAACUGCAAAGAUAUCAAAGUUACGAGUAUAUGUAAAAAUAAUUUUUGUCAAAUUGCGAAUGUAAUUGAUGUAAUUUUCAACAAAACGGCGAAUAGUUUAACUAUUAUGGAUAUGGAAUAUAAAACUUCAAUUCAAUGUGAUUCGAACUUUACAAUUCGUGGAUUUUUUAGAAGUGCACCAGAAAUUUUUGUGAAGGUGUUUAGUACCGAAUGGAAAAUUUUUGUUCGAAUUAUACCUCGAGUAAAUGCAAUAGUUUUAAACUAUUAUAAUCGUCCCCGGUUAUUCGAAAAACCAUGCCGAUACGUGGAAGCACUUCUUUUUCCAAAUACAGUGAAGGCAUCUAAAUUCAACUCAUAUCUUCCUAUGGUUUUUUACGUUUGUAAAUGUGAUUAUUAUUUUUGUCCAGAAGAUAAAUACUUUAAUUUUCCACUCCCUAAUAAUACGGAUGAAUUUUACUGGCCCUCUUGCUUCACUUUUAAGGUUCAGUACAACUCAAUACCCACUAUAGCAACCAUUAAACCUAACUAUGGUUAUACAUUUGUUUGCUAUACAAAAGUGGAAAUUUCUCUGACCCGUCAACAAAUUUCUACUUUAAAAUGGAAUGAAACCAAUAUAGGAGACGUGAUUACAAUCACGGGUGGACCAGCGUAUAAUUCCUUAUUAGAAAGUAGUGAUUUCAUGGGAGAUGCAUACGCUUUUAACAUGCGCUCAUUAACAAACAGCCCAAGAUCUCGUUGUGUGUUGCAAAGUGACCCCAACAACACAAUGGUUUUGGACUCAGUCAUUUGCUUCUGUCGGCUUUCAUUCUUCAAUAAUUAUCAAAAUUAUUUACUAUUUCAUCGUCCUCGCAAAAUAGCAUGCAAUGACUUCGAGGAAGUCGUGAAUAUUUUAAAUGAUGCAUUAAGUAUGACUGUGGAAUCAUAUUUCCGAAAGCAAAAGAUGGGUUUUGAAGGCAAACAACAUGAGAAAUAUAGUGAUCAUGACGAUGAUUUGAUGACGUACGCCAGCGAAUUCCGUCAAAGAUGUAAUCGACCAUCGUGUCAUUGCGCUCUUACUAUAAAUUGUUCUGAUACUAUUCAAUUGGGAAAAUGUUUUGAUGUGAGUGACCCAGAUCUCUUGACUCUCUGUCAAAUCUAUCAUUACAAGCUAUUGCAUCCGUGUUUCUUAUACAAUGAUGCACUUACGUGUUGCAUCAUUCUCAGCAAAACCAAAGCAGACAUGUUAAAGCCGAUUGAUAAAUUGUUGAACGAGGCAAAUCGCAUCUGUCAGAAGUCGAAAUUAAGCUUGAUGGUUUAA